GAAUUGCAGUAUUAAAGCUUUUGGAAAUUUUAGAAUCGGAGUGUCAGAGCACAGAUGUGAAUUUUAUAAGCGAUGGCGUCGCCCCGAUCGGGUAAAUGUUUGGUGUUGAUACCGGUGAUAUUGGUAUUGGGAACCGGCCUAAUUUAUACCGGUUGUGCUUUUCGCAUCCGAGAUACUAUAUCCGUGAGUUCUGACGUAUGUCAGUCAACUACUGGACGAUGUGCUUCCAUAUCGGAUAUAAUUUCUUCUAGUUCAUCGACUCCUUCUCCUUCCUCUUCCUCUCCUGCCUCUUCUCCUGCUGAUUCUUCUUCUUCUUCUUCUUCUUCUACUGGUUCAUCUUCGUGGUCAACUCUGGCGUCUAUGCGUGCAAAACGUGGAUUUGAAACAGUUAGCAUGCGAGGGAGUUUUGUGAAGAGCAAACAGCAAUUACUUGACGAUGGAUACGAGGAAGAAAAUUAUCAAUCAGUAAAAAAAAAUUAUAAGAUAUCUUCUUCUCGGCCUUGGUCUAAGUUAAACAAAAUUGAGGACACCAUUGAGCAAACGGUUAGUACUGAUGCUGAAAACACAAAUCCUUCAAGUGUAGUAGUAGUAGCAGAUGAGGAGGAAGAAGAUGAUGAUGAAGAAGAUAAAAAUUAUGAUGAAAUAAUACUGAUCGAAGUUGAAGAUGAAGAUGAUAUGAUAAUAGAAAGUGAAGUGAAAACUGAUGAAGUAAGUUUAAAACAAAAGAAGGAAGACAAAUUGAAUAUAGACGAGGAAGAGAAAACGGAAGCAGAAAAAAAAUAUGAAGAAGGGGCACGGAAAGUAAUAGAUGAAGUAAAGGGAAGAAGAGAGGAGGAAUUAUUAAAAAGAAAUGAAAGUGAGGUGGAGAAAGAGGAAGAAGCUCGACGAAUAAAGGAACAAAAGAAUAAGAUACAACAGGAAAGGGAAGAAAUGGAGCGUCGAAAAAGAGAGGAAGAACAGGAACGACGGAAAAGAGAGGACGAGGAGGAGCGACGAAUAAGAGAGAAAGAAGAAAAGUAUCGGAAAAGAGAGGAAGAAGAGGAGCGUAGAAGAAGAGAGGAAGAAGAGGAGCGUCGAAAAAGAGAGGAAGAGGAGGAGCGUAGAAAAAGAGAGGAAGAGGAGGAGCGUCGAAAAAGAGAGGAAGAAGAGGAGCGUAGAAAACAAGAGGAAAUAGAACGGCGAUUGCAAGAGGAAGCUGAACGUAAAUUUAAAGAAGAGAACGAACGACGACUGAAAGAGGAACUUGAGCGUAAAUUUAAGAAACAAGAACAACAGCGACGGAAAGAGGAAGCCGCAUAUAUAGAAAAGCAAGAACAGGAGCGACGAAAAAAGGAAGAAGAAAUAAAAAUUAUGAAAGAAAAAGAACACAAACGAUUACAAAUGGAAAGGGGAAAAAAAUUAAAAGAAGAAAAAGAACGAAAAUUAAAGGAUGAGAAGAAACAGAAAUUAGAAGAAGAAGAGGAGGAAGAAGAAGAAGACGAUGAUAAACGUCGCAAGAAAUUAAAGGAAAACGAAAUAAUACGAUUAGAAAUGGAAGAAAAGAAUGCUAAAAAAAUGAAGGAUCCGUUAGAGAGUAUAAAAAUGAUAGAUAAAGAGAAUGAAAAAAAUAUACGAGAAGAUCAAGAGAAUGUGAAAAUAAUUACUUUAGAUGGAGAUAAUAAUGGAAAAGAAAAUGACAAUAGUGGCGAUAAUAAUGAACGAGUAGCAUUGAAAUUGCAAAACAAGGGAGAAAAAUUAAGAUUAUCAAACAAAGAAAAGGCCAAUGAUAUAAAGUCUGCAACGAUUACAAAAACUAUAAGCGACGAGACGAGUGCUACGACCAAGUCAAAAUCACAGAAAAUAAUCAAAGAUAUUCCCAGUUUAACCGAACUCAACGACAUGAUUCUCAAUGUGCCGAAUUUUAUGCCGAAUUUCACAGCCAUGGAAAAUGUAGAGUGUCAGCGGCAUGGAAAAAUCUUUCUCAGGCAGCUGCGAGGUUACAAAAUGUGGGCUUUUCAAAUGCUGGACUCUAGCGCAAAAAUACCGGCGGGUUUAUUACGAGGCAAUGUCAAUCAAUUUGGUGAUUUCGACCAGUGUCUCGGAAUCCUGGCACACGUCAAAGUUGACGAAAAAACCGUUAAAGUACAGGGCAAAUACUGUUUAGCCAGUAUGGAUAUAUACGCAACGCAUUUAGGUUUAAAAUUGCCAGUUUAUCUAAUGCAGAGUCGAGGUUUAUUAAGAGGAAACAUGCACGACCCAGGACAUUUUUUACCAAAGUUCACAACCAUAAAUUGGGGGAUAUGUCUCCCUGCCGCCUGUUCCGCUACAGAUGCACGUAGAUCCAUUGAAGAUGCAUUAGGUCGAUAUAAUAUGACCAUUGGUAUUAAAUUUAUGGUGAAUAUUGAUAACGAAAUGUGUUAUGUUAAACAGAAUUCACAAAGCUACUCAAAAGAGACGAUUGGUGUACUAUAUUUUUAUGCAAUAUUCAUCUGUUUGGUGAUUGUUGCCACUGUAAGAGAUUAUUUCGCAAUAAGCCAGGAAAAAGGAAAUUAUUCCGAGCGGAUAAUUAUGGCUUUCUCCUUAAAGAGGACUAUUAGAGUAUUGUUUGGAAAUAAAGAAUCGACUUCAUCAAGUAUUGGUUGCGUACACGGCAUAAAAGCAUUAUUGACAAUGGCUUUAUACAUAUUACAGAAGCUAAUUACUACUUUGAGAAUGCCUUACGCUAAUCGUGUAACGCUUACCGAGGUCGCGAAUAGUCCUCUAAGUUCGGCACUCCGAGCAUCGAUAUUCCACACGGAUUCCUUUCUAUUAUUGAGUGGCCUCAUAACAGCCUAUAAUAUGUCAACGGAAUUGACAAAUCGUGGCGAAAUACGCUGGUUUUGUCGCUUCAUCGUGAGGUUUAUAAGGCUAACACCCACGCUGCUGGCCGUUAUAUUUUGGUAUGCUUUUGUUAUGGAACAUACUGGAUCUGGGCCACAAUGGAAUACGGCAGUUAAAGCAAACGCGGAUAUGUGCAAGGAGAAUGCAUGGAUCAAUCUGCUUCAUGUACAGAAUUUCUUCCCGUUUGAAGAAAUGUGUGCUGCUCAUACACAUCAAUUGGCAUUAGAUAUGCAGUUAAGUUUGCUCGCACCGGCAAUUGUAUUCUUCUUGCAAGUAAAACCGAUCGUCGGAGUUAUCGUUGUUUUUCUCUUACUUCAAGUCUCGGCGACGUUGAGAUAUUUUGCAACGUCCAAUAAUAAUUUAUCCCUGGUUAUUUUUCACGGAAUGACUUUGAAGCAGAUAUAUAAAACUGCUAACAUGACAUAUUUGUUACCUUUACAUCGAGCAACACCUUAUCUUAUCGGUAUUUGCCUUGGUGUUAUUUUACAUUAUACAGGAAAAUCUGUAUUUAUACACAAGGUUUUUAUCAUACUAGGUUGGUUAGUUGCUUUAGUUCUAGGUUUAUGGUCAAUGUUUUCUCCUUGGCAACUUGCGAGAGCAGAUUAUACAUAUAAUGUUGAUAAAGCAACACAGUAUGCUGUGUUAAGUCCCAUCUUCACAGCACUCGCAUUGAGCUGGACCAUUUUUGCAUGUUUUACAAACAAUGGCGGUGUUAUUAAUAAAGUAUUAUCAAGCCAUUGGAUGAUGGUAUUUAGCAGAUUAUCGUACGCUAUUUAUCUUUCGCAAUAUAUUGUGUUCUUCUAUAAUAUCGGGACUACACGUUACUCAUCAGAAUUUCAACCCUAUAAAAUUAUUGAUUUCUAUGAAGUGUUAAGCAUCACGAUAGUGUCGACAGUAUUAACACUGUUAUUCGACAUUCCUAUGCAAGAGGUAAAAAAGAUUAUUUUGGAGAUCACUGAAUCUUUGCCCACAGAAAAUGGAAAAUCUAAGGAAUGCAAUCCUUUGGAAGACAAUGACGAUGUAAAGAAGAGUUUAGAAAAGAAUCACUUGGAAAAUGAAGAAGAAUCUAUCACUGGAAAUUGGAAUUGGAAUCGAGGAACUUUUACGAAAAUUGCAAAUUCAGAGCCUCGAGAUUUUGCGGAGGACAAUGCCAACGAAUCAUAUAAUACUUCGCCAAUUAAGAGAUCAACUAUUAGACGUCAAACAAUGAUUAGAUCUGAAGCUUACGAUGAAUGGGAUAGAGAUCGAAUGGACAGACGCAUUUCAAGAUCCGAGGAACAUUCCAUGGAUAAUGGGAGAGCGAAUAGAAAUGAUUAUGAUACGAAUAAUCUUGCAUUGGAUGACGAUUUAUCAUCCGAUAAUUACUUAUAUUUACAGGAUCGACAUUAUUCUAGUAAUUAUACGAGAUCGCCCAUGCGAGAUACGCGUUCACAAUUCAGAUCGUCAUCGAGAGAAAGAGAUUAUAAUAAUAAGCCAAUAAUUACUAUUAGUAAAGAGGAUGAAUAUGCCAAUUCUCGGUCUUCGCGAUCUACUAUGUCAAGAUUUUUCGAUCAACAAUUUUCUUUGUCUGAAAGCGAUAUAGACGUCCUCGGUAGUCGAAGGAAUAGCAACAGUUUUAAUCGUCGUUCAUCCGCCGAACUUCGAAUUAGCGACGACGACGACUGGGAGAAUGAUUUACGAUUUAGAAGAAAUCGGUAUCCACAGGAUCGCGUACAAAGUCAAGAAACCGAACGCUUACCACCGCCACCUGUAGUUAAAGAAGAGAUUAACAACGAAUGGGAUUCGUUAAAACGUCGAUCUUCGGCCGAAGGUAAAAUGGCCCUGUUGAAAGAGCCAAUCAGGCCCGGAAAUAUGGAACUUUGGACUGUGUCGAAGAUGCAGUUUGGUUCAUCUCAGGAAUCUGACGAUGAAUUAGAUGAAGAAACGUACUUGCAGCAAAGACGAGAAUAUAGAGAACAAGGACCACCGUUGCGAGAAGAAUUUGAGGAAGACGAGGGAAACGACGAGGAAGAGAUACGGCAGAAUAUUCAAACUGAACGUCGUGCUAUGUCAUUUGAUGCGGGAGAUGAAAUAACGAACGAAUUUAUGUUAAACAAAAAUAGUAAAAGAAUAACCGUGCAGGAUCUUAGCAGAAUAUCAUUGGAUGAUGAGCUAUCUAAGGAUAAUAAUUGGAGUAACGUGGACGUUAAGUCUAAUUCUGGAUUAAUUAAAAGAGAAUCGAUAAUUAAGAGUCAAGCUAGCGAAGAAGAUCCAGAAUAUUUAAUUCCAGAAAGACCAAAACUAUUUGAACAAGAACAAGAACAUCCGUUUAAAAAAGCUUGGCAGAUGCAGAAAUCCAGAUCCGAAGAGGAGGGUCCUUCGGGCUUUAUUAUUAAGGAUUAUAAAACGUCGAGCGCUACUUUACCGAAGCAAAAUGAGGAAUUAGAAAAUAGGAGUGAAGAGGCAAAAACGAAUGAUAUUGAUAAAUCAAAGGAAAAUGAUGUGGUGGAUAUUGCCUGCGAUGUUGCUCUUGAUACGCAGAGCUCUAAUAAUGAAAUUGAUGCUAACAAAAGAAAUUGUGAAUCUGAAAUAUUAUUAGUAGCGUCAAUGUCGAAAGAGGCGAAUGGAAAGGAACUUAACGGUCACCCAAAUGCGCACGAGUCAGAUGAAAAUUCGGAAAGGGACACUUGAUAAAGCGAAUUAUUAUAAUUUAAUAAGAGACUAUACAAUGUUAUGGAUUAUUUUACA